CGGUACAACGAAUCCUUGGUUGUGAAUGGUGUGAGUCCCUUUAUCCAUGAACUGACUGUCUUACUUCUACUUUUUCUCAUGAUCCUGGCUUGAGUCUAGUACUCGCAUUGAGAGAGAUAGGGGACGUCUUAGAAGACCAGUUGACCUCGUAAGCUGCUAUAUGAUCUAGGAAAUCCUCUACCGAAGAUCGGGGUUGUAUGUUGCUAUAGAGCUCUGGAGAGCUGCAUUGGUUUGAGUUAGGUUUGCUUGGGGACAAGCAAACAGUUAAGUGUGGGGGGAUUUGAUGACUCGGUAUUUGCACAUGUUUUCCCCUUUGUUUCUUGAUUGUUUGAGCUUGAAUUAUCGUGUCUUUGGCCUAUUUUACGCUAGGUUGUGUUCCUUUGUCACAUUUCAGGUCCUAGCACAUAAAGUGAAGCAUAGGCGCAAGUUUCAAGUCAAUCAUAGAUCAAUUGACGAUUCGGGAGAAGAAACUCGGGUAUGACUUGAAGAAGAAUGGAUUUCUACCUCACUUUAUGGACAAAGAAUCAUGCAAGAUUGUCAUGAAAAUAAAGAGGACGAGACUACGAGCGUCUGGGAUCAAACGGCGACUGAUUCGGAGUCCGGACGAGGGAGAAACGAAGCAUUAAACAGAGGUUGAGCAAGCCACACGGGCACAACCCACACGGCCGUGUGACCUGGCCAUGUGGCCGUGUGGAAAUCACCGAGCCUUCACACGGGCAGCUGGGAAAGCCACACGGCCGUGUGGCCUGGCCGUGUGAGUCGGGAAUUGCUGUUUAAAACCCGAUUUUCAGCAAAAGGAAAGAGGGAGAGCUGGGUUUUGGAUCCCAAACACCCAAGGGACGAACCCUAGAGAGAGAGAGAGCGACUUAGGAACAUUCUUGGAGCUAUUUUGGAGGAUUUCUUCGCCAUUGGAGCUCGAGAAUCAAGCUUGGAGAUGGAGAUUGAAGAUCUAGAUCAGAUUUCUGCAGUCUCUCUCUUCUCUAUGGAGUAACUUCCCUUCACUUAGGUUUUGAGGAACCGUAGUUCCAUGAGUUAGGAUCUUUCUUGUAUGAAGCUUUGGAUGCUAUAUUGUUUGAUUUUAAUCGAAUGAUGCAUGUUUAUUGAGUCAAUUGAAGUCUGAUCAACUUUUCCUGAUUCCUGCUGCAAUCUGAGAUAGAUAGAAUCUGAUUAGGUUGCUAGAGUCUCAUCAUUCGGUAGUAGGAGAUUGGCUAUACGAGAGUUAGCCAGUUUACUGCUUUGUACUGGAAUCCAAUUCCAGUAGUGGAGUUCUGUGCUUAUUGCUUCACCUUUCUAUCCCGAUGAAGACUAGUCGUCUGCUGGAUAGUUAGACUGAGAGGGCUUGGUCAGCUUAAGAGAUUCCAAGCUACUGUCAGAUCUUCCGCAGUUUAAUCAACAGUAAAUCAACCAAAAGGAAUUACAACUUGGACCUAAUUGAGGAGCUAGGGGGAAUCAUACCUAAGUGAGUUCCCAAACUGUAAUUAGUAGUUUCACUUAGUUGAGCUAGUAGAGUAGUUUAGUUAAUCAACCCUUAAUCUAGUUUGCUAGAUAAUGAACUGAAGCUGAGUAAUAGUAACUCUAGGGACCCGUGGAUUCGAUAUUUAUUACUUGUGCCACUAUACUGCAGUCCCUUUCAUUGGUUACACUUGGCCAUUGUUAGGUGUUGUGUUUUAGAGCAUCACUAACCUCCCAUUAAAAAAGAUCCUAACCUCAAUGGAGGUAUCGGGACGGAUGGUGAAGUGGGCCGUUGAACUGUCAGAAUACGACAUCCAGUACGCUCCGCGUCCAGCAAUAAAGGCGCAAAUCCUGGCAGAUUUCAUUGCAGAAGGGGUAACCCUCGAGACAGCCCCAGGAGUGUGGGAAGUUUAUGUAGACGGCGCGGCAAGCAAGCAUGGCGACGGCGCGGGGGUAGUCGUGCGCACACCCUUAGGUGUUGUGCACGAAAUAGCGAUCCGGUUCAGAGCACUGAAGACAAACAACGCCGCCGAGUAUGAAGCCAUCUUGGCGGGAAUGGCGACUGCCAAGGACUUGGGCGCUAGAACAAUCAGAGUACUCUCCGACUCGUCGUUGGCUGUCAACCAACUGAAUGGAGCAUUCGAUGCCAAAGAAGAUGCCCUCGCGCAUUACAUGGAGCGCGUCAAGCAACAAGCAACCACCUUCGAGGCGGUGACAUACGUGCAGAUACCAAGAGAAGAAAACAUGCACGCUGACGCGCUAUCCAAACUGGAAACAACAACAAACUUCGAGUCUACACGCCUAGUGACGGUACAGAAGGAGGAAGAGGAAACCAAUCAAGAGCCCACGGUCAAUACCACCCAAAUCGCGGAAGACGACUGGAGAACCCCAAUCAUAAGGUUCUUACAAGACGGCGUGGUGCCAGAAGAUGCAAAAGAAGCAUGGGCCUUGAGGCAGAAGGCGGCCCGAUGCACGAUAAUUGGCCUGGACUUAUACCGACGAUCAUAUUCCGGAACAUAUCUCAAAUGCAUCGGGAACGACGAAGCACGCAACAUAGUGCGAGAGCUGCAUGAAGGAAUGUGCGCGAUGCAUGGCGGGGCGCGCAAUAUGGAGCGCACCAUACUGUUACACGGGUACUAUUGGCCGCGUGUGAAAAAAGAUACAAAGAAGUAUGUCGACGAAUGCAACAAGUGUCAAUUACAUGCGCGCCAACACCACCUCCCAUCGACCGAGUUCCAAGGCAACCUGAGCACCUGGCCCUUCGCACAAUGGGGAGUAGACCUUCUGGGCCCAUUCCCAACAGCAAAAGGGAAGCGCAAGUACAUAAUAGUGGCGGUGGAUUACUUUACCAAGUGGAUCGAGGCGGAGGCACUGGCCUCUAUAACGGCGCACCAGGUAACCCGCUUCUUAAAAAAUAAUAUCCUGGCGCGCUACGGAGUCCCGAACGCAUUCAUCUUCGAUCAUGGCAAACAGUUUGACUGCGCGGAGGUCAUAGACUUCUGCGACCAAGUGGGAACCAUCGCGAGGUUCGCAUCGGUAGCCUACCCCCAGGCCAACGGCCAAGCGGAGGCAGCCAACAAGUCCAUCUUACACGGCCUCCAUACGAGACUAGGCGACGCCAAGGGAAACUGGGCGGAUGAGCUCAACAAGGUGCUAUGGGCGCAUCGCACCACCUACAAAGUAGCAACGGGCGAAACCCCGUUCGCGCUGACCUAUGGCACAGACGCGGUUAUACCCAUAGAGGUUACAUUCCCAGCAUACCGGGUCAUGGCGUACAAUGAGACAGACAACGACGAGGCACGACUGCUGGACCUAGAGCUAGCGCAAGAACGACGAGAGUUGGCAGCCAUCAAACUAGCCGCAACUAAAGCUCAAGUAGCCAAAUACUAUAACGCGAAACUGGUCCCGCACAAAUUGGCGCUCGGAGAUCAAGUACUUCGCAGGAACUUCCGCCCCGACCCCAAACAUGGCAAGCUCGCAUCAACAUGGGAAGGCCCAUACCUAAUCCGAGAGGUUGUCGGCGCCAAUACCUUCAAGCUCAGCGAAUUGGGGGGCAACAAAAUUCCAAGAACAUGGAACGCGUAGAAUCUCAGGAAGUAUCAUUGCUCAAGUUAAUGUAACAUUUGUGCACGGCCACAAGAAAUCAGUAAUAAUAUUGGCUUCCCAGUCACUCGCGCUCUCACAGUUCGAAAGAACAAAAAAUAGCAAUAACUAUGAGUUAUUCGCGCCCCCCUUAGUUCGAAAGAACAAAAAAUAGCAAUGACUAUGAGUUAUCUGCGCCCUUACAGUUCGAAAGAACAAAAAAUAGCAAUAACUAUGAGUUAUUCGC